GAAAAGAGAGGUGGGGAGAUGGAGGGAGGGAGUGUAGAGAUAACAGAUCAGAGGGAGGAAAGGACACAAGGGGCUGUGAUUUUAGCAGUAGGCAGGCAGACUGGUGCUCACCUCCAACACCAAGCCCGAGAAGCCAGCCAGGCCUUGACUGGAGUAUUUUUCACACUAUUAGCUUGUUGUAUGAAUGACCCUCUCUGUAAACUAGGACCAUGGUCGGACUCUCAUCCACCGCUGUGGAGGCAAUGGAGCUGUUGGUGAGUGAGCUGAGUGCACUCCUAAAGUUGCUGGAUAAGGAGACCCUGACCUCCUCCACCCAGGAGAAGAAGACCUCAGUUUGGAACCUCCUGCAGCAGAUACAGCCAUCAGUUUCAGGAACAGACUACAUCUAUGUGAACUCAGUAGUGUACAGGAAUGGAACCAGCUUUGUGGAGUCCCUCUUUGAGAAGUUUGACUGCGAACUUGGAGACCUAAAGGAUGUUACAGAUGAUUUGAAGCUAGAAAAAGACACACAAAGUGAGACUUUGAAACAGGACUGUGGAGACACCUCAGCUGUGCAUUCAGCAGACUCUCCUCCCCCUCUGCCCACAACUCCUCCCCCAGAGGAGUAUUAUGAGGAGGCAGUGCCACUCAGUCCGGGUGCAAUGCCCGAAUACAUCAUCACAAGAGUUAGACCUAGCCCUCCCAACUCCAUAGAGGAUGGAUAUGAAGAUGCCAACACCAACUACCCAACUAACCAAAUCAACUCCCACCGCAAAAACUCCUAUAAUGAUUCUGACGCUCUGAGUAGCUCUUAUGAGUCAUAUGAGGAAGACGAGGAAGAGAGAAGCCCCGGUGCGCGACUCAUGCAUCAGUGGCCCUCGGAAGAGAGCUCAAUGCCCCCUACCAAGGACUGUCGCAUCUGUGCCUUCCUACUGCGCAAGAAACGCUUCGGGCAGUGGGCCAAACAGCUUACUGUCAUACGGGAAAAUCGAUUACAGUGUUAUAAGAGUUCCAAGGAUACAUGUCCCUACGUGGACCUGCUGCUGCACCAAUGCACUGUGGUCUACGCCCCAAAGGACAGCAAGCGGAAGCACCAUGAACUCCGGUUCACCUUACCCAACGGAGAUGCUCUGGUGCUGGGUGUGCAGAGCAAGGAGCAAGCGGAUGGAUGGCUCAGGGUUGUCAGAGAGGUGAAGAGUCAGUGCACUGGGCUUGAGGUAUCCACGUCCCCCGUCAUUCUGAGAAAAAACGAACUUGACAAGAGGUUGUCUGCAGAGAAGAACAAUUCAGAUUCAGACAGUGUUGGCGUAUCAACGGGGGAGAACUUCCGAGAAAAUGGUAAAGUGAAGCGUGGAGCCUUUGCUGCAGGUCGAAAGAUCACACGCAUCAUCAGCUUCUCAAAGAAGAAGACUUCUCGGACAGCUUAUAACGACCCUCGACAAGGUUAUCUGUCAGUGCUAGUCAACCAAGUGUGGCAGGAGCACUGGUGCUGUGUGUGCAGAGGCUUCUUGCACUUCUACCAUGACAGAGGCGACCAUCAAACCUCUUUGCCCUCCCUCCCACUACAUGGCUGUGAGGUGGUGCCAAGCCUGGGACCCAAGCACCCCAUUGCCUUCAGAAUCGUACGAGCAAGCACCACUCUGGCUGCUCUGGAGGCAGCGAACUCUGAGGAUCUCGGAAGAUGGCUGGGGGUUCUCUUGGCAGAAACUGGCUCCACAACAGAUCCAGAGUCUCUACAUUAUGACUGCGUAGAUGUGGAGACGAUCGCUAAUAUCCGCAAUGCUGCACGUCAUUCCUUCCUGUGGGCCACGUCGUCCGGAAGCAACACAGACUGCAGAACAUAUGACGAGGUCCCUAAUGAGGACAUGCAGUCUAUGGAGAGCUGCCGGCAGCAGAGUGGGAAUCAAGGGAAGCGGCGCUCCCGUUUCUCCAGCAGUGAUUCUGACAAAACCAAGCCGUUAAACUCCCUCAAACGAACAGAUUCAAAUUCUAACCAGUAUGGAAGGUAUGGGAAAACACGAGCAGAGGAGGAUGCUAAGCGCUACCUGAAAGAAAAAGAAGAGCUGGAAAGAGAGAGGGAUGGGAUUCGGAAUACGCUCUCGACCCUCCGACAGGAGAAGCGAGAGCUGAAGCAACAGCUGCAAACAGCUUCUGAGAAGAGAGGUCUCCUCUUGAACCAGCGUGUGUCCCAGUUGGAAGAGGCUUGUCGGGCUAAGGAAGCAGCACGAGUAGACCUGGAGUUGCGACUGUCCCAUGUCAAAGAAAACAUAAAGAAAAGCCUGGCAGGCGGAACCCUGGGUGCACCCGUGGAGAAUGUCCCACCUGUCAAGGGGCCCAGAAAGAAAAAUCAUAAUCUCUACAGUGAUAGUUUACCAGUAAACUGUGCCUCUGAAAUGCGCAAGAGACCUCCCUCGGUGUAUGCUUCAUCUUCAGGAAGUGUCAUGCAAAAGGCUAAGGAAUGGGAAUCAAAGAAAAGAACUUAAAUGCAGCGGAAGUACUUCAGUUGGAAUGUGAAAACGUCUCAUAGAAUUCAGCACAGACGUGCAAAAAUCAAUUUUGUAAUGAAAGAAAACAGCCACUAGGUGGAGGUACAUCUUCUGUAAUGUUUCAGAAAUCUGAAGACAGUCAUUAAAAUUGUAUAAUGCAAUAAUGCAGAAUUGAACGUGGUAAGCACAGAGUAGAUAAGGUAGCUGAACGUUGUAAAUCAUAGAGGAAGUGUGAAUGCGUGUAAAUGCAAGAUUAUAUUGGAUCAAGUGUUACAUUCAUGGGUUAUGAUUUUGUAUGGGAAAAGACAAUUGAGAGGUAGAUCAAGCAUUGAAUAGUUAUUAUUUUUUAUGACUAGUUUCCUGUUGUUUUUUUGUUUUGUUUUUUUGCUUUGUGUAUUGUUCAAACCAGUUCAGGGUGUACCCCGCCUCCUGCCCGAUGAUAGCUGGGGUAGGGUCCAGCACUCCCGCGAAACCUAGUGAGGAGAAGCGGCUCAGAAAACGCAUACAUGCAUGUAUUGUUCAAGUCUGUGUUAUCAAAAGACAUACCCAUAAGGCUCCUGAUAUCUUGAUUCCUCCAUCUUUAAAAAGACAUGCUUUGCUACUUGUGAUAUUCGUUUACGUUCUAAACACACUCGUGUCCAUUUGACUUAUUUUAAGUCACAGAUGGUCACUGCCAUUGAUAGGUAAGCCAUUCGUCAAGAGGUGUGAUGCAAAAAUGUAACUCAGUCCCGUCUCAGUGGGAAAAUGUUUUCUUUUAAAUUUGCCUGUAAAACCUUUGCACUUUAAGAUUCUCUGCCCUGGGUGUCUGCAGGCCCUUAAAGUCAUUAAAUGGAUUUCUGCUA